GAUGUAAGAUGGAGAGAGAGAGAGAGAGAGAGAGAGAAUGAAAGCAAGUGUGGAAGGAGAGAAGGUGAUACUAGUACCGUACAUGAAAGAGCACGUCCCUAAGUACCAUCAAUGGAUGCAAGACCCUGCCCUCCUCCAAGCCACCGGGUCCGAACCCCUCACCCUCGAUGAGGAGUACCAGAUGCAGCUCUCCUGGACCCAAGACCCCCACAAGCAGACUUUCAUAGUCUUGGAUAAAGAAUUGGUUGUUGGAGACUUCAUCCACGGAGAUGCCCAUGUUGAAGCCAUGGUUGGUGAUGUGAAUAUAUACAUGAAUGACUUGGAUGAUUCCCAAAUGGCAGAGAUUGAAAUAAUGAUAGCUGAGCCCAAAAGUCGUGGCAAAGGACUUGGGAAGGAGUCUGUUUUGAUGAUGAUGGCAUUUGCAGUUGAGAAUCUUGCCAUCCGCAUCUUUCGUGCCAAAAUUGGAGAAUCAAAUGAAUCUUCUCUUAUUCUGUUUAAAAAACUGGGCUUUCAGGAGGUUUCUUGUAGCGAAAUAUUUAAAGAGGUAACAUUGGAGUUACCAAUAACAAAGCCAAAGCAUGAGGAGUUGCAGCAAUUGUCCGGUAAUAUGGUUACACAUGCAUAGCCCACUUAACCCUGGCUGAUUGACUCAUUUUUCAAUAUAUUUUCUAAAGACUCGUUCCUGCAGUACCCAUUUGUAGCGAGAAUCUACGAGGUUAACUGUAUUAAACUGUGGCAAUGUUCGAAUUGUCCAUCUUGCUAGGUCAUUCCUUCUCAAGUAAUUUCCUUUGCCCAAGACUUGAUAUGUAAAGUUUACAAUUUAAAUUCAAGUCCUCAACAAAGAUAUUGUAUUUGUUUGUUUAUUUUUUAUUUUCUUUAAACUGA